AUGGCCAAGGGCAGCAGGCCACGGCAGGGUGGGUGUGGUGGUCCUCUGGUUCAGCACAGGGAAGGAGCAUGCUGGGUCACAGGCGCGGCUCAGCAGCUGGAACCUCGAUGGAGCACAGCAGUCGCCCUUUGGCCCUUGGGAGGAGGUCACCCGAGGGGCAUAGGAGCUGCUCAGCAGUCCAAGCCAGGGUGCAGCACGGUGGUCACCCUCUGGGUUGGCAGCAGUGAGAGGGUAUGGAGAGGUGCAGGCACGGAUCAGCGGGCCAAGCCAGGGCAGAGUGCGGCUGCCAGCAGUGGGAGGGUGCCAACGCACACAGGCUCUGUUCAGAGGCCGGGGCAGGGUGGAGCACGGCAGUCACCCUCUGGCGGUAAUGUGUGUUUUUUACUCCACUGGACUGUGGAAAAAGGGCAUAACAUCACUGCUUUUAUUCUUCUGGGACUCUCUCAUAACAAGAACAUUGAAGUCUUUUGCUUUGUGUUGUUUUUAUUUUGCUGCAUUGCUAUUUGGCUGGGAAAUGUGCUGAUAAUAAUUUCCAGCACAUGCCGACAACUAAUUGACCAACCCAUGUACUUCUUCCUCAAUUUUCUCUCACUCAAUGAUUUUUAUUAUACAUCCAUACUCACUCCCAAGCUUAUGACUGACUGACAGUCAGACAGAAAGAUUAUUUCCUACACUAACUGCAUGGUGCAGCUUUUUACCACCCACUUAUUUGGCAGCAUCAGGUUCUUCAUCCUCAUGGGGAUGGCUAACGACCGCUACGUGGCCAUCUGCAGGCCACUGCACUACUUGGUCAUCAUGAACCAGUGAAGGUAUAGCUGGAUUGUCAUGGCUUGAUUCUCUGGGGAAUUCCAGGACUCUGCCUGUCAGUUCCUUCUCACCAUCUUCUUACCAUUCUGUGGACCCCAUGAGAUAGAUCACUGCUUCUGUGACUUUUACCCUUUGCUGAAAUUGGGCUGUUCUAACACACCCAAGAUAGGUCUCUUAGUCAUUGCUAACUCAGGCUUAAUUGCUUUGGUGACCUUUGUUGUCUUGAUGUUGCCUUAUUUUUUCAUAUUGUACACUUUGGAGUACCUUGCAGAGAGCCACAGCAAGUCCCUUUCCAUCUGCAGCUCUCAUCUAACUGUGGUGAUGCUGGUUUUUGCUCCAUCGUUAUUCAUUUACUUUAGACCUGCCACAACAUUCCCAGAAGAUAAAGUGUUUGCUCUUUGUUACGCCAUCAUCACCUCCAUGUUCAACCUUCAGAUCUACACACUGAGAAACAUGGAGAUGAAAAAUGCCAUGAGAAAAGUUAGGUAUCAUCAAAUCUUAUUGAAAAAAAGCUUCUGA